ACGCAUUUGUUUUGGUAGCUUUUCAUUUUUAUCGAAACGAAGUUGUCGACGAUUUGAAACCGUGGUACAUCGAUUUCGAGCAAUGAGCAAAUACGCGAAACACUCGAAAGGUAUAACGCGACGAUUCAACGUCAAGAUCGUUUCACUCACCGUACUUUCGUAGAAUGGAAGGUCCGUUGUUGGUUCUCGAACGUAUUUAUUUCGAAUUUAUCGACAUUUAUUCGCACAAUUGUUCCCGCUUUCAACCCGAAACGACCGCUGUCUUACUGAAACGAAGUAUCGAAACUGGUCGACAGAUGUCGCGUCGGGUGCGUAUAAGAGUAACAGUCAAUAUGGCGUCUUCGAACAGUAAUAAACCGAGUUCGCGUCUUUGACACGGAAAGUUACUGGCACCGCCGCACGUAGGCGCUGUUAAACGCAUAUCUAUCUCCGUGAGAGCUUUUUCCCAAGGAUGUUCGCGGUAUAGAGCCUCGGAACCGGAGAUUCGCAUCCUCCUCGAUUCUCCAAGUUUCCCGCGGGAUUAUCCGGCGACAACGACGGUGAUCGGUCAACAAACGGUGACAUCCUUCUUUCAUACGUGUCAUCUCGCCGUUUAUCCCGCAAGGACAGUGUCUGUUUUACCGUGCGAUCGUACUUCUGAGAAGGAGUAGAGAGAGCGUGCUCCUGCAAACUGUCCACGUAUCGUGUGCAAAUUCUUCGCCCUCUGCAAUGACGAUGUUUGCGAAAAGAUAUCAAUACGAUCACAUGGUUGUCCACCGUUGUUUACUCGGGCGUAAUUCGGUUAAAAAUUAAUAGCCACCGGUGGACGGAGCACGGGAAAUAACGUUAAAAUUCGGUCGUGAAUUUAACACUCAUGGGCCUGCAAUCCAACACGGAUCGCGGAAGCUGUGCCUCUGGUCGCCGUGCAGGUUGAAACCAAGAAAAAUUCGAGGAAUCCACGGUGACUGGGAACAUCGAAUGCUCUUGCUGAAGGGAUAUUCGAUCGACGACAUCAUCGUGUUUAAAUCGAUACCGAAGGUGUCGUUACGCUGAGAGCACUGCUGCCGGAGGGUAAUGCGCUUGGCGAGCGGAAGUGAGAAGCUCCGGGCGGCCUGUUCUUUCUGGUCCUGCUCCGCCGGCCGUUUCCACGCGUUCUCCGAGUCAAAGGCUGGUUCGAAGGAGAGGGAACGGAGACAGCUUGGAACGUUCUUCUGGAUCUCGAGGGAGGAAACGAAGUCGCGGAAGUGGGCGAGCGGGAGGGCGCGUGGAAGAGCAAGAGCAAGAGCAAGAGCAAGAGCAGCCAGCAGGGAACGCCUCGUCCAGUACGGCGUUCUUCUAACGGCGAUAGGAGGGAGUUAUGGUGUCUCGCACAUGCGAUGACUGUGGCCGCAGCCGUGGCACUGUGGCAUCGUGCCCACCUGUACAAAGCGAUCGUCUGCGUUGUCCUCGCCCUUAUAGCCAUUCAGUAUUUACUUAGCGGCGUGAUCGAUCGUCGCUCCAUAGAGACCAUUUUCACCAUUAACGCUACCAGGUACGCGGAUCGUACCUACAGGCAUCACCCGCGUGGGCUUAUCAUAUACGGGCCCGUAACGGUGUCGAGCAUACUCGGUAACAACAAUGCCACCUCGGCGACUCUGCUUUGGGGUGCCAGAGACAAUUCCAACUUCUCCAAGCUGGAAACCGACUUCUCCCCUCGAAACACGUACAUCGUUGGAAGUUCGCAGGAAUCUUUGACCGCAAACUCGACAAACGGCACACUGGUGUCGCGAUGCCCGCUCAUUCCACCGAAUCUCGUUGGUCCAUUGGUCGUUAGCAAGUCACCCCCGGAGUUGGCCGUGAUCGAGAAGACGUUCACCGAGGUGAAGUCGGGUGGCAGAGGUUGUCCGACCGACUGCGUGGCCAGGCAUCGCGUCGCGAUUGUCAUUCCGUUCCGCGACCGACCGCAACACCUCCAAGCGUUGCUUUACAAUCUUCACCCGAUGCUGCUUCGUCAACAGAUCGACUAUCAGAUAUUCGUGGUCGAACAGAAAGGUAGCGAAGCCUUCAAUCGCGCGAUGCUCAUGAACGUGGGAUACGUGGAAGCCUUGAAAGAACGACCUUUCGAAUGUUUCAUUUUUCACGAUGUCGACCUACUUCCCGAAGACGAUAGAAAUCUGUACACGUGCCCCGAGCAACCGAGGCACAUGUCCGUCGCAGUGGACAAGUUCAAAUACAGGUUACCGUACGCCGAUUUGUUCGGCGGCGUGUCGGCGAUAUCGCGCGAACAGUUUCGCCUGAUAAACGGAUUCAGCAACGUGUUUUGGGGUUGGGGCGGCGAGGACGACGACAUGGCGAAUCGGAUCAAAGCGCAUGGUCUUCAUAUCUCCAGAUAUCCGGCGAACGUGGCUCGCUACAAGAUGCUCACGCACAAAAAGGAGAAGGCGAAUCCAAAGAGGUACGAGUAUCUAAAGACGGGGAAGAAAAGGUUCGCCACGGACGGGCUGAGUAAUCUUCAGUACGAACUGGUCGACAAGCAAAAGCCAAAAUUGUACACGUGGCUCUUGGUCAAGCUGACGCCUCCGCAACCCAGCUGAUGGCUGUCUUGGAUCGGAUAGCGAACCGUUCAACUCGAAAUCGCUUAAAAAUCAGGGCGGAACGCGGCGGCCGGGAAACGGAGGUUACGGCUUCUCCGUCGAGGCAUCGCGAAUCGCAGCCUAGCCGCGAGAAUCUCUCGGCGUUCGAGAGAAAGGGAAAGAAAGGGAACGAGAAAGUGGACAUUGUUCCACCGUAUUCCGGAGACUCGGUGGAACAUCGAGAGUUGAUCGAUGUUCCAGCCGCCUUAGGCUACUGGCGGCGAGUUGUUCCUCCCGCGAUUUCGUCCGAAACGACGAACGGGAGAAACGUUGUUACGUGAUAUAUUUUUAUUCCUCGUAUUUUUUUAUCGCAACGAUAGGCUAAAGAUCACGUAGAACCGUAGCGUACGAGCUAACGUGCCAAAGGAGAGCGAGUAUGUACGUGCGUUUGCAUGGCUGUGUGUACGCGUGUGUGCGCGCACGCGCCUCACUGCGUGUGCGCGUGGCUGGAAGAGAAAGAGAGAGAGAGAGAGAGAGAGAGAGAGAGAGAGAGAGAGAGAGAAAGAGAUGAGGCAGAAAACGAGAAAAGCGCGUAAAACGAAACGGGAGAAGCUCCGCCAUCUUUUUUCGGACUUUGCUACCACGAUAUACGUAUGUAUAUAUGUACAUAUUUAUCCGACUAUACGCGUAUGUACAUACGUAUGAACCGUAGAAGCUCGAGGCUUCUUCCUCGGUCGUGUUACAACGCGAAACGGCGGUAGCCCGAGUUUCCGGUUGACCGCCGUGUAUCUAGGACAGCUUUGUAACCGACCUUUCAGCCCGUAUCGUAGUUGGCUUCCUUCGAAUUAUCACGAACGUGCUCGCGCUGAUUUUUUUUUUCUAUCCAACCCCACAGAACCCGAUCCCCCCCCCCCCC